CAUUAGCAAGAGCAUCAGUCGACAGCAACGUCCACGGAAUCGCAAUCGCUGCCAAAAGCCAGAGCCAGAGCCAUAGCCAGAGCCAUUCGAACCGGGCCAAAUCUAAGAGAACGUGUACGUGUGCUUGUCUGUGAAAUAGAAGUGCUUGUCACUUAUUGUAGAUCCAAACCACUCAUAAGCACGAACAUGCCUUGUCCUGCCACACAGCUCCAGCUUUCAUUCCAGCUAUAACCCUCCACACUCCGAAGCAAAGUCUGCUGCUUUGGGGACACCUUCUUCUAUCCGAAAACCCCUUAACCGAACAAAUCAGUCAAGCUGGCGUCGUUAAAGCAAAGGAAUAACAACAAUACUACAAGCAAUUAUAAUAACAAUAUAAUGUGGAGUAGUACAAUAUCACCAACAAACUCUAAGAAACUAUUGAUCGGUAGCACACGAAGCGUUGAUUAUGUCGGUGAUAGUGCAAGGACAGCAACAGCAGCCACUAAUAAAACAGGAGCAGCAGCAGCCCCAGCCCCAGCCACAGCCACAGCCACAGCCUCAGGAGCAGCAGCAGGACCAGGAGCCAAAGGAACCAAAUCGAAAGCCAGUCCCAUUGCCAACAAAGCCACAAAGAUCUCAAUUGAAAUGGAGCUUCAUAUACAAAAUAAGUGCAUUUCGGCAUAGCGCAUCACUCUGGAGGGUGGUGCGGAGCCGCCAUGGCUGCAGGGCCCCCUUAAAGCCGCAUUUUUGGGGGCUACUGGCGUCGGCAAAACAAGCAUAUUACAGCAAUUUUUCUACCAUGACUUUCCCAAGACUCAUCAGACGACAACACGUCGGAAGAUAUAUAAAAACUGUUUGGUGUGCGACACCUGCAUACGUGAGCUGAUGGUACUGGACGUUCCACCCCAGAAGCGAUUUCCGGCUGAUAACUUCGCCGAAUGGAACAACGGACAUCCGCUGGGGCUGCGAACGGUGCACGCAUAUGUGCUAGUCUAUGACAUGGGCAAUUUGGAAACGUUUCAGUACUGCCGCUCGAUGAGAGAUCAAAUCUUGGACAGUUUCAGUCAUCGUGAUUUUAGCAUAAUUGUGGUUGGCAAUAAAUAUGACAAUGUGACUGAGGCGCAGGCCAAUUCGCAGGAGCUCAAGGAUAUUUCCACGCUGGUGCGCAAACAUUGGCGCUGCGGCUAUGUCGAGUGCUCGGCGCAAUACAACUACAAAAUCGGGGACGUAUUCCGUGAGCUAAUGGGCUGCACCAGCAGUGGGAGCAACACGAGUGGCGGAGGCGGCGGUGGUGUCGCUGGAGGAGGCGGUGGCUUGGUUGGCACUGAGUUCUCACAAUCAACUAGGAAUAAAGGACGCUGUACAAUACUUUAGCAAAUGUUGCAUAAGUUUUUUAAGCAAACGUUUUGAUCUAGCGCGUAAAUACGAGUGUCCCGGGUGGAUACUUUCGCAGCUGUUUCGUUGCCGACGACAUGGGACAAGAUGUGGGGCCAGAUGGGGUGGCACGCUGGCGUAUACGCAAUCUCCUUGAGGCCAACAGCAGCAUCAACAGAAGAAACAACAUUGUUGCCCCUUGGCAAUGCCUGCAGAUGCAUAUUUUAGCAUACA